AUGGAACCUUUUGCCGUGCCCUUGACGCCGCGUCCAGAGCUCAACAGCACGUCGCCUGUCCCCACCCAGAUCAAGGACAAGAAAGGGCGGUCGACCUCGUGCUACUUGUGUCAGAAACGCAAACAAAAGUGCGACCAACGGUCUCCAAGCUGUACCAACUGUAUUAAAACGCAGACAACGUGUAUCCAGCCGCCGCGGUACGGAACAAGUAACAAGGCCAACGUGAAGAGCGAGUACACCAUUUUUCUGGAGAAAAAAGUGCAACGUUUAGAACGUUUGUUGGAAACACAUCCCCGCGAGGAAAACGGGGAGGCGUCGACGAAAUACCGCAAGAUCCGCCCGCUAUUGAACCCACAUGAGGUGCAACCGUCUGUGAACAGGUUUUAUUCCGCCGUCAGCAAGCCGUACGACGAGUUUUUGCUCGAAUUCGCCGAUAACUAUAACUCGUCCAUGAUUGCACGAUUUCGGCUUCAAGAGUUUUUCAAAAAGGAACCCGUUUUCGACGUGGACGCCAAACUCGCCAAACACCUCGUGGACAUCUACUUUGCCCUGCUACAAUACAAGUUUCCGGCGCUAAAUGAACAAGAGGUGCUCCGGUUCCAGACAGAUUAUUACAACGGCAUACAGCCAAGGUCUGAGGACGACUACCAUUUUGGCUGUGCAAGGAUGUUUCUUGUUUAUUCUCUGAGCUCGAUGUUGCACGAGACAACGGGCAAGUACAAAGGCCCAGAGCCGUUGCAGUACUUCUCGUCCGCUCUGCGGCACAUUGUGCUGAUGAAGAACGCGCUCAAGCUGCAAAAGAUCGAACUGUUGAUGCUGUUGUCGUGCAAUCUGAUCAGGACCGAUAAGGACAGCAACGGGCUUUACGACGUGAUUUGCGAAUCGAUGAGUCUGUGCAUCGAGCUGAAGCUUGAGAAGACAGCCAGCUACCGCAACAUUCCGCCAGCGAAGAAAGACCGUCAAAUGCGGCUGUUCUGGUGCUGCUACUUGCUGGAAAAAGCCAUAGCGGUGGCAGUUUCCAAGCCGUUCGUUUUAAGAGAGAGCGAGACCGACAGAGACCUGCCUGUGUUUGAGUACGAGCCGUCUAAGGCCAUGCACCCGACUGACGGGCCGUUUUUUAUCAACCAGAUCAUCAAGAUCCGACGCACCGAGGCCCGUUUUAUCGAGCAGCUCAAUAUCCUGGGCAGCACGUCCAUCACCACGAAGGACCAGCUCCCUGCCGUGGAGCAGUUCUUCCAGGAGCUGCAAACGUGGCGGAAUGAAUGCCACGGGUUCACUCGGGGUAUCGAAAACGAAACUUUGAACAUCUACUACUACCGGUCGGUCAGAAACCUGAUCCAGCCGUUCCUGGAGCUUCUGGACCCGGAAGACAGACUUUUCAAGGAGUGCCAAGCUGCGGCCGGCCAGAUCUGCCAGAGCAUCAAAGCAUUCCAUCAAAAGACCAUUAGAGGCUUUUCGUUAAUCAACGUUCACACAACCUUUAUUGCUGGAGUCACUCUUAUAUAUUGUCUAUGGUUGCACAGGAACAGAGACGACAUGCGCAGAAAGCUGCUUGGAGACGACAAGAAGCACACAAGACCCGUUGUUUCGGAGACCCUGUUUGCCGGGCUGGACGAUUUGCGUGCGUGCUCCAUCUCGUUGUACGUGAUGUCUGAGCGGACCAAGUUUGCGCUCUCUUUUAGAGAAACGUUUGAGGAGCUGAUGCAUGCCACGAUUGGCAAUUUGAUCCUUCGUUGCGGACCAGACUCGUCAGAGGUUUCAAACCAUCCUCCUAUCGCUAUGCCUCCAGCCACGAUGCGCAAACCGUUGCAGCACUACACCGUGGAGUCGGAGCUUAACAUGAAGCCGACCGACGCCGACCGGCGUGAGGAGGAGGAAAUGAGCAAGAGACGGGGCCAGCUCACAAGAAGCACAAUUCCAAAAGGCCUCAACCACUUGUUGAUCCACUCGCCGCCAUUGCCCGCACAGAACUCAUACCUUGCGCCGCACGUUGCGUCGUCGCCGUCCAGCUUGCGGAGCACCGCGAGCGCCUUGACCGAACAGCCGAUCACGACCGCAUCGAUCUCGUCUCCACAGCCGUUGAAGCUGCUACCAACCGGAGAAACUUACAGCCCGCAACCGAUGCCGCAGCCGAUGCCGCAACCGUACAUGGCUCCUCCGUUCAACUCGGUGCAAAACAUUCCCGAGAUGAUGCCGUUUGUGGGCCGCACCACAGCGAUGAUCAACAACAUCUCGGUCUGGACGGGAGAGAGCGGACAGCAGAUCCCGCAAACAGGUCUCUCCAUGAUGCAGGGCUCCAACAAACCGCUGAAUAUGGGCACGCAGCUGCCUAUGUACGACGUCGGCUACAGCCAGCCAGACGACAUGUUUGCAUGGCCGUGGCAGAACGACCAGCUACCCGAUGCCGGGGAUUUCGCGUUCCUGCCUUGA